AAAAAAAAGAAGACGAAGACGAAGAGAUUGAACGUCUACGCAGACGCCAUUGGAUAGAGUUUUGAAAAGGAACAAAUCGUGUAGAAAACAGAAAGGGAAAUUCGUAGACGCCUUAUGGAUAAUUUUCGAUUCGGUGCCAUCUUCUUCUUCUUUCUCUAGCUGAUCGCAGCUAUCGCGCGAUUUACAAGCCGGACGAGAUCCAUCAUCGGCCAUGGAGGAAACUACGGCAACGGCUAGGUCUUCGACUCAUUAUUUCUCCAUUUUCACGAAUUACCCACUGAUUUCCGCCGUCAUGGCUUUCACCAUAGCUCAAUUCAUCAAACUCUUCACCUCCUGGUAUAGGGAAAGGAGAUGGGAUCUCAAACAGCUUGUUGGGUCCGGAGGAAUGCCUUCUUCACAUUCAGCGACCGUUACAGCUCUCGCUGUAGCGAUUGGUUUACAAGAGGGCUUUGGUGGAUCACAUUUUGCUAUUGCCUUGAUCUUGGCAUCAGUUGUGAUGUAUGAUGCUACCGGUGUAAGAUUACAUGUGGGUCGCCAAGCUGAGGUUCUUAAUCAGAUUGUAUACGAACUUCCUGCAGAACAUCCGCUGGCUGAAAGCAGACCAUUGCGUGAACUUCUUGGUCAUACCCCUCCCCAGGUCAUUGCUGGUGGAAUGCUUGGAAGUGUUACAGCAGUAACUGGAUACUUGUUUACCAGGAUAGCUACUAGCUAACGUGAACGAACAAUCAUAGACACAACUCUUCUGCUAUAUUGCCUAUUGAAGCCACUGGACAGAACUGAAACAGAUUUACAAUCAAAGCCUUAGUUUGAUUCACUAUUUAUUCAUAUUGAUGAAUGUUUUUACCAUUCCUACACUAAAUGUAAAGAAAACUUGAAACAGUCACAAAAAAAAACGUGAUUUAUUUGGUAAUAAAUAGAAUACAAAGAAUUUGUGGAG